AUGGCACUAGCUCUUCAAAGGCGGGCAAAUGUGAGGCUACCUCCAGAAGUUAAUCGGAUAUUGUAUAUAAGAAAUUUACCAUAUAAAAUUUCAGCUGAGGAAAUGUAUGAUAUAUUUGGCAAAUAUGGAGCUAUUCGACAAAUAAGAGUUGGAAAUACUCCUGAAACAAGAGGAACCGCCUUUGUAGUAUAUGAGGAUAUCUUUGAUGCAAAAAAUGCUUGUGACCAUUUAUCUGGAUUUAAUGUUUGCAAUCGGUAUUUAGUUGUACUUUACUAUAGAUCAAAUAAAGCAUUUAAGGGUAUGGAUAUUGAAAAGAAACAAGAAGAAUUAGAUACACUGAAAAAGAAAUAUGGAAUUUCAUCUGAUGAUUUAAGGAAAUAA